CGAUGGUGCUGCUGAAGUUUUCAAGAUGUCGUCGCUGGAGCAGAGACUCUCCCGAAUCGAGGAGAAACUCAAGCAGGAAAAUAAAGAAGCCCGCAAACGAAUCGACCUGAACAUCGACAUGAGCCCGCAGCGGACGCGUCCGAGGCCAAUCAUCGUGAUCCAGCUCAGUCCAGCUCCAGCCCCCUCCCAGCGCGCAGCCCUACAGUUGCCAUUGGCCAACGAUGGAGGAAGUCGCUCAUCCUCUUCAGAAAGCUCUCCUCAACACCCCUCGUACCCCAGCAGACCCCGACAAAUGCUAACGCUUCCCACUCCAACCUACAGCCUACAGAAGAGCCUGGAGAAUGCUGAAAUUGACCAGAAGUUGCAGGAAAUCAUGAAACAAACAGGAUAUCUGAAGAUUGACGGACAGCGUUACCCUGCAGAGGUGGCGGAUCUGAUCAGUGAGGGGGAGAUCGGCAGUGGAACCUGUGGACAGGUGUUUAAAGUUCGCUUUGAGAAGACUGGCCAUGUCAUCGCAGUUAAGCAAAUGAGGAGGACGGGUAAUAAAGAUGAGAAUAAGAGAAUCCUCAUGGAUCUAGAUGUUGUGUUGAAGAGUCAUGACUGUCCGUACAUCAUUCAGUGCUAUGGAGCAAUCGUCACCAAUACGGAUGUGUUCAUCGCCAUGGAACUAAUGGGGACGUGUGCAGAGAAGCUGAAGAAGCGGAUCCAGGGGCCCAUACCAGAAGCCAUUCUGGGAAAGAUGACCGUGGCCAUUGUAAAGGCUCUGCUGUAUCUAAAAGAGAAACAUGGUGUCAUUCACCGAGACGUGAAGCCAUCUAAUAUCCUGUUGGAUGCCAAAGGGCAGAUCAAACUGUGUGAUUUUGGCAUUAGUGGCCGACUGGUAGAUUCUAAAGCCAAAACUCGCAGCGCCGGCUGUGCAGCAUACAUGGCGCCUGAGAGAAUAGACCCUCCAGACCCCAGUAAGCCUGACUAUGACAUCAGAGCUGACGUCUGGAGUCUUGGUAUUUCUCUGGUGGAGUUAGCCACGGGACAGUUUCCUUACAAGAACUGCAAGACAGACUUUGAGGUUCUCACCAAAGUUCUGCAAGAGGACCCACCGGUCCUUCCUCUCAGCAUGGGCUUCUCCCCUGACUUCCAGUCCUUCGUCAAAGACUGCCUCACAAAGGAUCACAGAAAAAGGCCAAAAUACCACAAGCUGCUUGAACACAGUUUUAUCCGUCGUUAUGAAGUGUCAGAAGUACACGUGGCGGGCUGGUUCCAGACGGUGAUGGAGCGCACAGAGUCUCCUCGCAGCAGCCAGUGCUUCAACCAUCACCAGCUCCACUCUCUCUUCAGCAGGUAGCCAGACGGAGAGAGGUCGGGAGAGAAAGAAUGAUGCGAAUUUGAGAGGUUGAUUUAAAGAGACAGGUGGACAGGCUUGAAAUAUAAAUUAUGUAAAUGAAAAAGACAGGAUGGAGUGGCAAUGGACCGUUUGAGAGAGGGAAGUGGCUGAAACAAAAGAGAGAAUGUUCAUUUGGGAGUUUGACUGAUCGACAGACAAUCCUUGGCAGAUUUGAUGUAAAUCUGAAAUAUUUUUGUCCUUUUCAUCCACCCAUCGAACAGGAUGGACCAUUGCAGUCUAACACGGUCACUGUGGCACACACAUACAUUUACAGUAACACACUGUUUCACUAAACCACGAUCACUGACAGCCGUAUAAAGGUUAGCCGCAAGAGUAAGUGUACAGUCUGUUCACUUCAAAAUCCAAAUCCUCCGUAGCCCCUUACUCAGGGACUGAACAGUGUAGUCGAACAACACUGUGCAAUGGUGUGUUUGUGCGUCUGUGUGUGUGUGUGUGUGUGUGUGUGUGUGUGUAAUCCGUUCUAGCUCUUCACUUUCCUGUACAGUUUAAGUACUCUGAGCCAUUAGGCAAAUCUAAGCGAAUAGAUGUUAGCAAGAUAAUAGCUGUGUGAUAUAUGUUUUAUAGAAGUGUUCUUUUGCUAGCAAGCAUCAGCAGAUAUUUUGGUAAAUGUGUACUCAAAAGAGUUAGUGAUUCUUAAUCGUAGAGUUUCUAAUCCUUGGUGUUUAGCUUGUUAUAACUAGUUUGGUCUGGAAUUUCAUGUAUUGAAAACAGACAUAUUGGCUAAGAGAGAAGGUUGUAUAUUAAGAUAAAACUAGUGAUUGACCGAUAGGAUGAAGUGUGUAUCCCAAUUUAAUAUGAUGAGACAACUAUAAAUGAGCAGUUUUUGUUUGUUUGAGAAGACUGACUCAGCGACAUUGGUUAAACAAAUCGUGUAAAUUUGGGGCGGGACUAUCUGCUUUGUCUGACAAAUGACAGA